UCUGCAUACAGUGCGCUGGUCUUUGGGGAUCGCGGGCGGGAGCUGCCAGAAGUGGCGUCUGCUACCUCUUCUUCCACGGCAUUUCAGCCGAGGAGAGGGAGGGGGCGACUCCAGGCGCACAGCUCCGAGAGCGGCGAAGUGGGGCAGCCGCUGUGUUAUUAUCUGUUGCCAUUGCCGGAACUGCUCAUCUGUUGCUGGGCGCGCGGAGACGAGAGCAAGGUGAGGCGAGAAGURAAGAAGAAGAGGAUAAGGCAAGGCACAGGGUUCUCCAGUCCGACGUGUGAACGAUGGCGGUGAUGGUGGUCCUGCUGUUGCUCGGGCUUCUCCAGCUUGCUGUUCCUGGACUCGCUCAAAGUCCGCCAUCUGGUACGGUAAAGAUCACCAAGUUCACAUAUUCUGGCAGUGGCUGUCCGCGUGGAAGUGCCGAGGGCGUUGUCUCCUCCGACGGACAGACGCUCACUCUCAUUUUCAGCAAGUACACGGUGUCCACCCCAGGAAGUACAUCCAAUCGGCGGAAAAACUGCCAAGUGGGCGUCACUCUGAUGUAUCCUACUGGGUUCACGUUUACUCUGGGSACUGUGACAUUCCGAGGGUACGCCCAGUUCGAGCAAGGAGUCAAGGGUACACUGGCAGCCGCGUACUACUUCUCAGGUAUCCAAGGUACAGUCAGAGUCUCGCGCAACCUGCCUCCUCCCGUGGAAGGCAACUUUGAGUUCACUGACCAGUUUGUAACCUUUGUCUAUCAACCGUGUGACCGUCAGCCGUUGAUGCUCAAUCUCAAUUCCGAGGCAAGAGUGAUGCCUCCACCCUCGCCGAGCAAAAGCGCGGGCUUGAUCACCGUCGAUUCUCAGGAUCUGAGCCUCAGACAGCUUUUCCGUCUGCGCUGGAAGAAGUGCUAAGGGAAUACUCGUACUAAAGCUUUUCUGGAGCAGCUGGCGGCAAAUGCAGGCAGAUCCAGUUCAGAAAGUCGUAGUGUGAGCAUGCCCUAAGCUGAAUUAACCAGGCGUCGACGGUCGUUCGACAGCAGCAAGCUACUUGGAGAGAAGCAGGAUGAGCGACUGGUAGGGGAUCAACUUGGAUGGAUUAAUCUAUCGGUCCGCAGCAGCUGCAUUCUCAGGGUGGGGGCGGUCAGCUAGGAAGUGGCGACAUCACCGACACAGGCAAUCGAACGUGUGUCCAAGAACACUUUUUUGUCGCUGAUGGAGCUCACUAGGAAGCCCAGCCAGUUGUGGAACUGGUCAGUCUACGAUCAAUAUUAUAUAUAGUAAGUCUAGCUGGCGAGCGAGUUUCCAAGUCAUUUAGUUUAUAGUCCUGGAUAAGAACACGCUGGCAUCUAGCACUUCCGGUGGGGAAGACCCCAAGCCGAGUGCGAGAACUGUUGCAUAAAGAUAAAAGUAGACCCGCGUAGCAAACAAGGCAGGCUACUUAGCUCUCUCUCUCUCUCUCUCUCUCUCUCUCUCUCUCUCUCUCUCUCUCUCUCUCUCUCUCNUCUCUCUCUCUCUCUCUCUCUCUCUCUCUCUCUCUCUCUCUCUCUCUCUCUCUCUCUCUCUCUCUCUCUCUGUGUGUGUGUGUGAGUGUGUGUGUCUGUGGUUCGCUAGCUCAAUGUGUGCCUUUGUGACGCACAUCUUUAGAGUGUGAGUCGACGCCCACAGAAGGCCCUCAGCGUUGGAGUUUAAUUCAGAGGGAGUAUCUCGACCGCCGAAGAAGCACGACGUGGAAUAGUAGCGUGACCAUGAUCUCUUCUCGUAAGGAAGAAUCGUCUUUUCCAAUGAAUUCCUGCCUAUGUU